AAAUUAACGUUUCUCCUCAGAUUGUUGCCGCUGUUUUAUUUUAGACCCGUCUACGGUUUUCCUACCCUUCCCCCUUUCCCUUUGUUUUCCCAGGGCGUGGGUCCGCGGCUCCCCUGCCGCAUUAGCCACGGGACCGGGCCAGGCCGGCUCCUAAACCGCCGACACCUUUUUUUUCUCCUUUCUCUCUUUUUGGGGCCAGUGGGCUUGGGGGCCUGCUGUCCCCUUGUCACGGACACAGAUCCAUAGAUAACGCCGUGACAGGUACUCUUAUUAAUGUAAUUUUAAAGAAUCCAUUUCAACUACAACAUCGCACCAGGACUGCAUCUCCCUUCUCCUGGGCAUUUACAUUUCUACCAGGACUAAUAAUGAAAGUAUUUGUCUUUAAAGCUUAAGAGCUAUUGUGCGUUUAUCUUAACGACGUGUGGCAAGAAGAAGUUCAGUGAAGAAAGCCACAAGCUUGUUCUUUUCAUUCGCUAUGUGGGAACAUUCAUGUGCUGUUGUUAGUCCUACAGGGUUGCCAGUAUUGCGGGCUCCCUUUGGGAGCAGAGUUGGUCACACGUACAUAAGUGCAGCGGGAUUUCUGCAUAGUGAAGAAACAGCAAGUACAGAGUAAUGUCAGAGAAAAAGAAACUCAAACACACAUAAAAGGAUCAUCCCAUUAGUAGCUGAUCAUUUUUCAGAACCAUUUCAAGUUACUGUAUAUAGAUGUUGAUAUUUCACUAUCCAGUCUUAAAUGAGAAUUACAAGACAUGGGCCGCAAGCUGUACUUUUGAGCAUCCUGUAUCUUUGUUUUACAGCCUGGUCUUUCACAGCUUAACAUUUGGUGGAGAUACUUCUACAGAAGAAUUCUUCUAAAUAAGCAAAUACAUAUGGUUAAGAAAAGCUAUACAGACACACUCCCAACACAAAUGACGUGACAGUUUCUCUGAAUUCAAAUACAGGUACCUAAGACAUUUAGUCAUAAUGAUAUAUGUUUCUAGACAUGAGGAAAAGAGUGUGUGUGUAAAUUUGAGUUUGCCGGCAGAAGCUACUUGGUUUUUUUUUUUUCUGAAGGAGACCAGAAAAGCCAGCCCAUUGCUGUGGAAUGUAAAAUAGUAGAAAAGAUCAUUUGAAGUAAAGUGCCUGUGCCAAGCAAGAGCUGAGCAGAGAUCUAAAAUAUUUUCAUUUUCUUAAAUAAAUAUUUUUAUUUUCCCUGUAUAUCCCAAAACUUGAUCAGCCAUAAUUACUUUUACUGCCUAGAAAUCUGAUCCUAAGCUCCUCUAAAAUAUGCCCUGUAGCACUGGCUGACAUUUAUUUGCAUACUUAAAAAUGUUACACAGAGCGAGUCAAGAGUUCCUCCAGCUGUUGAAACUCUGUUGAAUGUUAAAAGCAUUCAGUUUAUUUCAGGUUUGGGAACUUCCCAGAAGCCUGAGCUGUCAGAUCCUAUUACGGGAUUUCAUUACUCCUCAGAGUACUUCUUCAUUUUUUCAUGCGUGGCAGGGCAGAAGUAAGAACACACCUGAGCCAGCAAAGCAUCUAGUGCGAUCUCUAGCCUUGUCCCUUCGCUCUUCUUUUUCUGUAUGUUCACCACAUAAGUGUUCCUAAGGAGUUAUUUUUCCACUGCUGCUCUCAUUUUCUGAUAGAUUUCCCCAUUACUCCUGUCCCUGCUGUUUACUGACCUUCCUUUACAGAAGGCAUGUUGAUGUGUUCAUAAAAUGCUCCCUUUACCCAUACAACCACUAAGUUUUAGGUUUAUUGUAGUUUCUACUCAGUUGCCUGCAACACAUAUCGAGUCUAAUGCUCCUCUGUAGCUCCCCAGACCAACUCUCCCCUCCUCAGAUCAUCCAAAUCCUUCAAAGCAUUGCAGCACUACAGACUGAUUCUUAAGAUGUCAAUGCUGGGAAGCUGUUUGUAAAGUACCUACACCUAUUCUCAACCUUUUCAUUGCUGGAGCUCUUCAGGCCUCAAGGCAGGCUCCAUCUAGUCAUGGAAUCACAGAAAGGCUGGGGAUCAUCUAGUCCAAACACCCUACAGAGAGCAGUCAUCUAGAGCAGGUUGCUUGGGGCAGCAUUGCCUUAGGUCUUGACCAAAUCUCAAGACUCCACAACCUAUCUGUAUAACCUACUCCAGUGUUCCAGUGUUCAACCGCUGUUUGGUUUCAGUCCUACUUCCUGUGUUUCAGUUUGUGCCCAUUGUCCCUCAUGCUAUCAGUGGAUUCUCUAGAGAAGAAUCUAGUUUUCAUUCUUACAACUGCCCAACCUGUAUCUGUGCUUGGGAUUGCCCCAGCCCAGGCACAGAACCUUGCACUUGGCCUUGUUGCACCUCAUCAUGUACACAAGGGCCCACCAGUGAUAACAUUUCCUGAAACGUCUCCCACUUGAAGCCAUUUGUAGUUUUUGUUGUUGAGGUGUGUGCUCUUUUGAUGAUUUCUUCAAAAAUCCUGUGAACUUAGCUUUCAAACCAGCCUAUUCAAGAGCCUAGAUCAAACUUUGCCAUUACAGAGCAAGCACUUAAUCCUCCUGUACAGAGGAGAGUGAUUUUAAAUACUUAGAGAACAUUCCUGAUUUUGUUGGCUCACUUUCUCUAUCUCUAAAAUACCAAAAUAGAAGCAAAGAAACCGUGGAGGGGUUGCACACCUCCAGUGUACAACAUCAGCAAAGCGUAUUUAGUGUCUUUGUUCAAGCUGGGCCUACAGAGCAGCCCUCUGCAACACUGCUGACAAUGCAGAGCAUCGCCUGGGCACACAGCUGCUCCCUUGCACAAGCUCUGCUGUGGAAAUCAUGGAGCACUGGCAAGAGGCGGCCACAAACUGGGAAGAGGUUGCUAUUGUCUUCUGUUACCAGUGCUUGGGAAACUGAUUUCCAGCCCAUCUGGAGAACCAGAGGGACACCCAGGAGGCCAGCAGGGAGCUACUCAUGGGAGCACACAGGGAAGGGGAAGCAAGGCCUCAGUGAGGGGUGGUCUCCUUCCAACACAGGUUUAUUUGCCUCUCAACUCAAGUUCAAACAGCCAUGGCUCUGGGCAGGACCAGCAACAAGUGCUGCUCAGUGACAUCAGUUCAGGCAGCUCCAGCCAGCCCAGCCUUGGGCACCACACGCUGAUGUCACAGUGCCCACACAAGGCCAUCACAGUGAUACCUGAGCAUCUCCCACCCCAGGCAGUGUCGGUGGAUUUCCCUUGCCAGCAGGCAGGGCGAACACUGGCUCGCUGCACAAAUGGCUGCACACGCAACCUUUGGACAAAGCGAAACAGAGGAUAUUGAAAUGGAGUUGUCUGCAGCAGAAACAGCUUCUGCUGCUGAUCCCGAGGAGCUGGCUGAGACCUCAGGCUCCACUUUUACUGACCCUGCAGGACAUGACCAAGCACCAGCUGGCCAUGCUGCUGGAACAUCAAUAAGAGAAGAACAGGACUCACAGAUGUUUCCAGAAGAAGAGGAAACCAAAGGUUUACCUUGCAGUUCAUCUGAGGAAAGUGCUGGCCAAGCCAGGGUCUUCUCAUCCCUCGGCUUCCCACAGAAACUCUGGGUACUAGUGGAAAGUGACCAAGUGAAGAGCAUUCAGUGGGGUCACAGAGGAAAUUGCAUUAUAAUCCAGGAAGAAAUGUUCAAGGUGGAAGUUCUGGCAAGGGAAGCACCUGUGAGAGCCUUUGGGAGUACCAGCAUGAAGAGCUUUGUUCGCCAGCUGAACCUGUAUGGCUUCACGAAAGUGCCAUGGCACUUGGAAAGAUCUUCCAUUCCCAAGUUUCUGGCUGAGGGAGAAGUGUUUGCUGCCCAUAGGAAGUUACUCCUCUACUCCAACCCACACUUCAGGAGAGAUUACCCACAGCUGCUGGAGCACUGCAAGCGAAGAGUAGCCCCCAAGAGAAGAGAUGUGGCUGCCCCCAGCCCUGCGCUGCAGGAGGCUCCGAAUGAGAGCCCCCAGAGGAGCAGCCCAGGUGCCCAGCCCAUGCAGGGAGUGGCUGCUGGGCCUGAGAGGAGCCUGCAGGCAGCGCAGCCACAAGGCACACAGGCAGCAGCACCCAUGGGGCCCCCACCAGCCAAGCGCCCCAAGAAUGACACCCCUCGAGCUCAAGCAGGCAAUGCUCACAUCCUGCCAGGCCCUGCUGCAGCACCAGCGUGGGAACAGUGCCAGGCUUUGCCCCACUCCUCUCUGCCACCAAGCAGCAGCCAGAUGCUGGGUGCCACUUAUGCUCCUCCAGCACACGGCUCUCUGCCCUUCCUGCUCCCCACUUUCACACCUGGCCAUCCUCAGCAGGAGCUCCCCCAGCCCCCAGAAACACCACAGCUGCAGGCUCCCUGGGCCGCCCUGCCUUUCCUUGGCUCCUGCUUUGCGAUGGCCAUGAGGGUAGCGGCCAUGAUGAUGCCACCGGACUGGCAGCCCCAGGCAGCCCCGCACUGCCCAACGUGCACCUGCAGCCAGCACUGGGCAGAUGCCGGCCAUGGGACAGCCCCUUAGUGUGGGACAGCAGCCCCCACUUACACAUCCCUAAGCUGUAGCUCAUAGGUGCAUAGUUCUGGAAAUAACACCUAUCAGUAAUUAACCUUCUUAGUUCUCAUACCCUUUUGUUUAUGUAUUUAACUAUUUACUCAUUCAAUUCUUCCGGAAAUUAAAUGUUUCAGUAAUAAACCUUUUCUGUUGUCAUGUCCAUUCAUAAAGUCAUUUGUUCAUUUCAUGGUGAAAUCUCAGAUUGAAUUUGUGUUUCGUCUCUCAACAGGCAACAGUAGCAGUGCUUCUACCAUCGAUUGAAUAAUUUUCUCUAAGUGUUAUGCUCUAGAUUCUCUGCUGUAGAGUAAAAGACUGGGUAACAUUUGCACGCCUCACGCACUGGGAGAGCUCCUCCUAAUCACAGAACCACAGAACAGCUUGGGUUGGAAGGAACCUCAAGGAUCAUCAAGUUUCAGCCCUCCUGCCACAGGCAGGGCUGCCAACCACUAGAACAAGUACUAGAUCAGAUUGCCCAGAGUCCCGUCCAACCUGGCUUUAAACACCUCUAGGGACAGAGCAUCCACAGUUUCUCUGGGCAACCUGACCCUGCGCUUCACCAUUCUCACAGUAACAAAGUUCCCUCGACAUCUAAUCUAAAUCUCCUCUCUAAUUUAAAACCAUACUCCCUUGUCCUAUCACUGUCUACCCUUGUUAAAAGUUGAUUUCCCUCCCACUUACCCAACUUUUAAAGGGAGAAGGCCACAAUGAGGUCUCCCUUCAGUUUUCUCUUUUCCAGGCUCAACAAGCCCCAUCCCUUCAGGCCAUCUUCAUAGGAGAGGUGCUCCAGCGCUUGGAUCACAUCUUUUCUGUGCUGAGGGCCUCAGACUUGGAUGCAGUACUCCAGCCAGGGCCUCACAAGGGCAGAAUAGAGGGGGCAAUCCCCUCCCUUGCCCUGCUGGCCACCCCUCUUCUGAUGGAACCCAGGAUACCAUUGGCCUUCUAGGCUGCAAGCGCAUACUACUGGCUCAUGUUCAGAUUUUCAUCAACCAGGACCCCUAAGUACUUCUCAGCAGGACUAAUCUCAAGGAGUUCUUCUCCCAGUUUGCAUACGUAUCUGGGAUUACCUCGACCCAAGGGCAAAACCUUGCACUUUGCUUUGCUGAAUCAUAGAACCAUAGAAUGGUUUGGGUUGGAAGGG